AUGGYAAAGGGCAAUCGAGUGGCGGCGAGCAGCGAGCUACCAGCGCAGAACACCAACACCAUGCAUAAUGCCUUGAGACCAUUUAUGAUGAUCGCACAAGUGUUGGCCACGUUGCCAGUGAGCGGUGCGUGCCGCAAAUCGUAUGCGGAACGUGUGUACUUCAGCUGGUGGACACUCAUAUCAUGCCUUUCCCUCAUCAUGAUCGCUUUUUCACUCAUCGAUGUGGUGCUCUCGACAAAAGUGGUGAUGGAGUUCGGCCUGAAGCUGUACACAAAAUCCUAUGCUAAUGGAGAAUCCCGAAACUUCACCWAUAAUGUUCGUUGGUUUGGUGCUAUUUUACUUUUCGGUGCGGCAAUGGAGCACUCUGUGUAUAUUGGAACUGCAAUUUUCAAUAAUGAUUUUCAAAUUAAGAAGUGCAAUUUAACGGUGGAUUUUUGGAAAAAUUAUUACACGCGCGAACGUUUGCAGAUUUUUUCGAUAUUCAACUACCACGCUUGGCUGAUUCCAUUGGUGCAGUGGAUUACCAUAUCGACGACUUUUGCUUGGAACUAUGUCGAUAUAUUUUUAAGCAUGAUCUUUCGCUGUUUUGCAAUACGUUUCCGACARAUGCAUUGGCGAAUUAAGCGACAUGCAAAAAAGCAAAUGCCUGAUGACUUCUGGCACGAAGUGCGUAACGAUUUCAUGAGCCUAUUAGAUUUAUUGCGCCUUUUCGACAAUGGACUGUCAACCUUGAUACUUGUGUCUUGUUGCAAUAAUCUCUACUUUAUAUGCGUGCAAAUAUUUCACAGCUUCAACAACCGAGACAACUUUAUGAAAGAGUUUUAUUUUUGGUUCUCAUUGCUUUUCGUGUUGGUGCGUAUCUUAACAAUGAUGCUGUCAGCCGGUGCGGUGCAUGACGAGGCAAAGCAAAUAAUGUCGACUAUGUAUGAGAUUCCAACGAAGUUUUGGUGCCUUGAACUCAAACGUUUAAAUGAAAUCAUCAUACACGACUUGUUUGCUUUUAGUGGCAAGAGUUUCUUCUAUCUGACGCGUCGCCUCAUAUUUGCGAUGGCUGGCACUAUUGUUGUGUACGAAUUGGUGCUAAUCGAUCAGGUGGAGGAUAAGGAUGUGGUUACAGACUUUUGCACAUCACGCAAUGUUUAA